AUGACAUCCAAGAAUUAAGAAAAGAUAAAAAUUUGUGUUUACAAAUGGAAAAUAAAAAAGAACAAAACAAUGAGAAAAUACUUCGAAAACAACAAGAAAAGAGCAUAUUGGAUAUUAAAGAGGAAAGAUUGAAAAAGGAAGAGGAAUGGGAACAGAGAAAACCGCAAAGCAAUGAAAAUUGGUUACAUAUGAGAGAAGAACGCGUUAAUAAAAGUGGUGAACGUAGAGUACAGAAAGAAGAAAAUGAUUAUCAGGAGAGAGAUAUUAAUAAAAGGUUACACCGAAUGGAAAAAGAAAUUAGGAGAGAUGAGACUGCUAGAUUAUUUUGGGAAGAAGAACAAAGAUUACGAAAAAGACAAGAAGAAGAGAGAUUUAGAAAUAGACAGAGAAAAAAAGAGCAAAUAAGAGAAAAUGAAUGGUCUAGAAAACGCGAAAAUGAAUCUGAUCGUUUUCUUAGGAAUAUGUUGGAAGACACAUACAAGCCAGACAAAUCGACGUCAAUGUUUUUCAAUGUUGAUUAUUCUCGACAACAUAUUUUUCGGUUUAAUUCUGAUAUGCCAACGCUUUCGAGCGCUUCCAAAUCAUACAGUUGGAGAGAUUCUUUAACAUCACUGGGGAAAAGAUUCGACAAUUAUUGGGAUUAUAAAUUACAUAGUCCUUCCAUGGAUAAAUAUUAUUUCGAUACGAGAUCUUUGUAUAGAAGGCGCAGAAAAAGAGAAAAUCGCAUGAUUCGCGUGAGAUCGAUCAAUCUGCUGAAAUACGAAGAUUAUUCAACUGAGGAUAGCGAUGCCACUAUUGUACCUAGUACGCGCAUGCAAUCUCUCCGACGUACAAAAGCGAAUGCUAUCUCACGUAUCAAUUUCAAUACUUGUAUGUCUGAACCAUCUAGCUUCACUGAUCUUCGUGAAAAUGAGAUUCUUCAGUGGGCUAAACCAAAGAAACCAUCGUUUUGUACAAGAUUGACGAACAGAAUCGUAGAAGUUGGUAUGAGGAUAAGGCUGACUUGCACCGUUCUUGGUAAUCCAGAACCAUGCAUCUAUUGGACUAAAGAUGAUCAAAAGCUAAAUGCAUUUGACAAUCGUUAUAAAAUGCGAUUCGAAAAUGGUAUGGCUUAUUUAGAAUUACAAGAUGCGCUUCCUGAAGAUGCUGGAAUAUACACAUGCGUAGCUGAAAAUAUAAAUGGCACUUCGACUACCGAAUCUAUUUUGAAAGUUUACUCCGAUCACAAACCUAUACAUUCACCUCCAACUUUUGUAAAAUCAAUUAAAGAUACUUAUCGAUAUUCUGAUCGUAAACUGAUCCUGGAAUGUUGUGUACGAGCACAUCCGGUUCCUAUGAUUUCCUGGCUAAAAGACGGAAUGAUUCUUCAAGGUGAACGUUACAAACAGAGCUAUCUCGAUGAUGAUGUCUAUCGAUUGGAAAUAACAGAUCCUGAUGUCACUGAUAAUGGACAAUAUACGUGUCGCGCAACAAACGAGUUACAUACUGAAGAAAUAUCCCAUACUGUUAAUAUUGAAGAUUGGCGAUCCAUAAACAAUUCACGGUUAAGCGACGAAAUUAGAUCGAAAUUCGUACGAAGAUCACGAUUCUCCAACUUACCAAAGGAUUAUAGUAUGCUUACUGACGGAUCUAUCGGUCGUGAAGUAGAACUCAAAGGUAUACCAUCUCCGGAAGUGAAGUGGUUACGCGGCGAUCGAAAGGAGCCAAUUACAAUACCAAAAGCAAGAACUUUUGUAGAACGUGGACUUUAUACCUUAAUUGCGCCUGACGCGACAGAGCCAGAAAAGGAUACAUACGUUUGUAGAGCAAUUAACGCUUAUGGACAAAUGGAUACAAGCGCGACAGUGGAUGUAAUAUCAUCGAGCGCUGGAGAGCACGGGGGAAAACCUGCGAUAUUUGUCUCGAGACCUUCCAAGAAAUCGAUCGAUGUAAUCGUUGGCGAAGACAUUAGUAUAUCCUUCCGAGUUAGCGGUAUUCCAAAGCCUCGAAUAAUAUGGAUGAAGGGAUUAACAGACAUUACGGAUGGACCGAGAUCGUAUAAGGAAAGUAUUGAUGAUUACGUCAGAUUAACAUUAAAAAGAGUCGUACCUUCUGAUGAAGGUACCUAUUGCAUUUUAAUUAAAAAUAGAUAUGGCUGUGACAGAAGUUUCUUCUCGAUCAAGAUAAAGCAACGUGCUAGAUCAUUGACUCCAUUAUCAGAUUGGAAUUCUGUUACUGAGCGUGACACAGAAGAAUACAACAAUGACAUGUCUUACGUAAGAAACGUGCCCGGUCCGAUCAGUAGUGAACCAGUUGUUAUUGAUGGUGGAAAAAGCUGGCUCUCAUUGAGUUGGGGUAAAGCAGAAAGAAGAGGACCUGCACCGGUGGUCGCUUAUAAAGUCGAAGCUUGGCUGUUAGGAGGUGACGGAGGUGCACGAUGGGCAGAGUUGGGAAUUACGCCAAUCAACGCAUUCGACGCAUUCAAUUUGCGAUCAGGUGGAGAAUACAAAUUUCGCGUAACACCGCGAAAUCGUUACGGAUGGGGCGAACCAGUUACGAUGAAGAAUUCAGUGUUGGUUAUCGAAAGUACCGAUCUUCCAGAAUUCACAAAAAUUUUACCGGGUCAAUUAAAAACUCUCGAAGGAACAUCGGUAAAAUUGGAAUGUGAGAUUCGCGGUGAUUCCAAAAUGGAAGUACGAUGGUAUCGCGAAACAACAGAAAUUAAUCCGUACAAUGAUACCAGAUUUGCGAUAUGUUAUGAUGGUUCUAAAUAUUCUUUAGCAAUUUCAAAUGUUAAAGAGGAUGAUUCUGGAAGAUACGUUUGCGAGGCGAACAAUAGAAUCGGUAAAGUGUCAUCGUUCGCUAGAAUUCUCGUUGUUACCGAUCCAAGAAUUAUUGAGGCUGAUGCUAAACUUAAAACGAGUUUGAGCAUCGAAUCGGAAGAUAGACCGCCGCAAUUCACCAUGAGAAUACGGGACAGGCGAGUGCAAACAACUUAUCCGGUAAGGCUUACUUGUCAAGUUAUCGGACAUCCCGUUCCAGAAAUUGUUUGGUAUAAAGAUGGAACGGAAAUCUCUCAAGAUGACCGCCACAUCUUUUGGAAUGAUGACUCAAAUUUUCAUACUCUGGAAAUAAUUCAGUCUGCUCUUGAGGAUUCUGGAUGUUAUAUGGUGACAGCGAGGAAUCUAAACGGCUCAGUUUCUUGUCGAUGUACUCUCGUGGUGGACAAAGGAAUUCGGGCCUACAUCGCACCGGAAUUUCUUCGUGAUCUCAACGUAGCUUAUACGAUUCAAUCAGGCGGGGAAUUACGAAUGUCGGCGCAACUUGAAGCUUAUCCGUGUGUUGGUGUCGUUUGGCAUCGCGAUGGUAUUCGCUUACGACCCAAUGCUAAUGUUACUACGCGAGACGCAGGAGUUUAUAGUUGUACCGCAACAAAUGUAGUCGGUCAAGCAGAGACAUCCACCAGGGUAGCUGUCAUGGCCGCGAUCGAGGAUCAAUCGUUCAUUAACGAAGCUAAUAUUACGAGUCCAGAUAUACCGUAUUCAAAGGAACCUCUUUUUGUCACCAAACCUUUAUCAACUGAAGCAAUCGAGGGAGAUAUGGUUAUCAUUCUUUGUGAAGUGGUCGGAGAUCCUAAACCGGAAGUAAUAUGGCUGCGUGACUUUCUUAAGCCUAAUUACUAUAAGGACGCACCUCAUUUCCGGCUGGUAGGUGCAGGGCCACAAUAUCGGUUGGAAAUACCUUACGCUAAGCUCGACUUUACUGGAACAUAUUCCGUAAUAGCUCGCAACUGCCAUGGGGAAGCUAAAGCUAUAAUUUCCUUGCAAAUCUAUGCCAAAGGACAAGGCAAAGAGGAACAAACGCAGAAAUCUCUUCACGGAAAGGUAUUGACUCUGCCGAUUAUAAAGAGAGAAUUGCGAGAUCUUCGGUGUUGCGACGGCGACGCUGUCUCCUUGGAGUGUAAGGUUUACGCCACACCAGAACCACCUUUGAUUCGUUGGGAACGUGGAGGCAAAAUUAUAACUAUGGUUGGCGAUUUUGCUACUGAAUUCGAUGGUGAAACAGCACGAUUAAAUAUCCAACAUGUCUAUCCUGAAGAUGAAGGAGAAUACACGUGUGUGGCUUACAACGAUCUUGGAAAAGCAUAUACAUCGGCCUGUUUAGUUGUAGAUGUUCCCGAGGGAAAAGAAAAUAUACUGAGCCAGAGACUGAUGAGGCCAAUGGGUCUGCUGUCAGCAGGAUCGACUCCGAGAUCAACACCGCGAUCGACACCCGUCAGAAGCUUGUCACCAGCAGUUCCACACGGACGUGAAUUUAGAUCGCCGCAAGUUCUGCCGCGAAGCGACAUAUCAAAGAAGCCGAAGGUUUCCCCACCGAAAUUUUAUGCAGUGCCGCAUAAUCGUCUAGUUCAAGAAGGCGAAACUGUGCGUUUCCAAUGUGCCAUAGUCGGUCAUCCUGCACCCUGGAUAAGAUGGGACAAAAAUGGUACCAUUGUAACACCGAGCACGAGAAUCUCCAUCAAAGAACGAGACGAUAUUAAGAUACUUGAAAUCAUCGAUGUAAUGCGAGAAGAUGCCGCUCUCUACAGAGUAACAGCAGAAAACGAUUUUGGUCGAAUUGAGGCCAGUGCUCGUCUUGAAGUAAUAAAUCGAUACGAAUCAAUAAGUCGAACUAUCAGAACUAGAAGUGCCUCACCUAGAACAUAUCCUACGUUCGAUCGAAGUCUUCUUCCGACUACCAGUAGAAUAAACAGUCGUUUACAAUUAGAAUGUCGCAUAAGAGGAACGCCGAACGUAAUAUCAACGUGGUACAGAAAUGGACGACCGUUAGAACGAUCUUCCAGAGUAAAAAGAUAUUUUGAUGGCACAACUGCCAGAAUUGAAAUAUCAAAAAUAAAAGCUAGUGAUGCGGGUGAAUACACCUGUGUAGCAACCAAUAUUCUUGGAUCAACGAGAAAUAGUUGUCAGGUAACUGUAUUAAGUUCUUACGAUUUGUCUAUCGCGGAUAAAAAUGCACCGCAAUUUUUGCAAUCAUUGCCCAAAGAAUCAAUUGUCAUGGAGAAUUAUUGUCACGAAUUUCAAGCUGGGAUCACAGGUACACCUCCUUUCAUGAUUACUUGGUCCAAGGAUGGUCGCGAAUUACCUGAUAGUGAUUAUUAUAAAUAUAUUAUAUAUGAAGAUGGAGGUGUUGCUCUCAGAAUAGCUGAGGUUCGUCCAGCGGAUGCCGGUGAAUAUACCUGUAUUGUACGAAACGAUUUUGGUAUUGCGUCGUGCAGUAGUCUUUUUGCUGUUCAAGAUUACAAAGAUGUUUUCAAGCCAGCGCUCCAAUUUACAAAAACUCCGUUACCAGUUGUUGCUGCUAAAGGCACUACCGCUUGUUUCUGUGUCAGAACGCAGUGUAGAAAACCUAUAGAAAUUGUUUGGACAAUUAAUGGAAAAGAUGCUCGAGAAAAUGCAAAAUGUAAAAUUGAAAAAGAUGGUAAUGUCAGCAUCUUAAGAAUACGUGACAUAUCAUUACGUGAUACAGGCGAAGUUCGAUGUAUAGCUUCCUUGAACGGGAAGGGUCCGUCCAUCAGUUGCAUUGCCAAGCUACAAUUACAAAAUCUGUUAUGCAAUUUCAAUGACUCUGUGACGAAAUCUAAAAAUAUUCAAUCUCAUGCACAAACCAAACUAUCAUCAACAAACACUAAUCUUAUAAGCAUGACGGAAAAAAUUGCAAAACUAUCGUCAUUAAAAUAUCGGCGACAUUAUGAAAAAUCGCUAACGCGUAUUAAAUCAUCUUCGUUUCCUCGAUGUACUGCAUCGUAUACCAAACAUAUUUCGUCUUUGUCAAUAAGAAAACGCAUUUCUAAUAAUACGUCAAAUGUCAAAAAAUCACGAUUUGCGGAAGAUUUGUCGAUACAAAGAAUUAUAAAGGAAAAUUUAGACAAUAAUUUAGGAUUUUCCAAAGAUCAAAGAUUAUCAUCUUCAUUAAACAAAGAAGAUAUAACUGAUACUUUCAUAAAUUUAUUGCCAAAGAAAACGGAACAAGUUUUUCAUCAGAAUAUUGACUCCAUACCAAAAAAAGAAUCUGUGGAAUCGCGUCUUCGAGAAUUGAUAAAAGCUACAAUAAUUAAAGAACCAACUGACACUAGCGUAUUUAGAGGAAGCAGAGUACUACUCGAAGUAACUUAUCAAGGAUAUCCCGAACCGACAGUCAAGUGGCUUCAAGUGAAUCGAGAAUUGCAACGAAGCGAAAAAAUUGAAAUAAAUCACGUUGGAAAAUACGAAGUCUCAGUGGAAAAUUCAUUAGGCAAAGAUCGAAGAUUCUUUAGCUUAGCUGUGGAAGGUCCACCCGAGCCACUCACGGAUAAACCGAGUGUAAACUUCAACGCUGGUGAGACCACAAUCGUUUGGCGAUUACCACCGUACGACGGAGGUCGCCCCGUGAUCGGAUAUACUGUGGAAGUAAAACGCGUUGGUGAAAGCACGUGGACAGUAAUCACCGAGUCUAGUCAUUCGCUGAGUCACACAGUAGCAACAACUGGAAGGAAUUCCGUGAUACCGGGUGAGAGUUACUAUUUCCGUAUCCGAGCUGAAAAUAUUCACGGACUCAGUGAUCCUGGCAUGGAGUCUGAUCCUGUUAGAAUUCCAAAACAAGAAGAAACAAUGUUUCAAGAGGAAGAAGACGAAUUUGAACCAAGCUUUGAAGCUCGUUUGGUAGUACCGGAAGAGGGCAAAUUUUUUGGCGAAAAAUACGACGUUCUCGAAGAACUAGGAAAAGGCCGAUAUGGUGUAGUUAGAAAAGUCAUCGAACGACCGACUGGCAUGAAUUUUGCUGCCAAAUUUGUCAAAACGAUCAAAGCGAAAGACCGCGAACAAGUCCGCGAAGAAAUUAAAAUUAUGAACGCAUUAAGGCAUCCUAAGCUUCUGCUACUAGCUGCUGCUUACGAAAAAUCUCGUGAAACAGUGCUGAUCACAGAAUAUAUUUCAGGUGGAGAAUUGUUCGAAAGAGUAGUAGCCGACGACUUUACUUUAACCGAAAAGGACAGCAUUCUUUUUAUGAGACAGAUUUGUCAGGGAGUCGAGUAUAUGCAUCAAAAUAAAAUCGUUCAUCUAGAUUUGAAACCGGAAAAUAUAAUGUGCCGUACGCGAACUUCUCAUCAAAUUAAAUUAAUUGAUUUUGGAUUGGCUCAGACUUUAAAGUCUGAUACACCAAUCAGAGUACUUUUUGGCACACCGGAAUUUAUUCCACCGGAAAUUAUAAGUUACGAACCCAUCGGUACUGAAUCAGAUAUGUGGAGUGUCGGUGUUAUUUGUUAUGUUCUAUUAACCGGCUUGUCGCCUUUCAUGGGAGACAAUGAUGCCGAGACUUUCGCUAACAUAACACGAGCGGAUUAUGAUUUAGACGACGAUGCUUUCGAUGCCAUUUCAAAUGACGCUAAGAACUUUAUCAGCGGUUUACUUAUUAAACGAAAAGAAUUACGAAUGUCAGCCACGCAGUGCUUAAAACAUCCAUGGAUGGCACAACAUACUAUGGCUAUGAGCAGAAUAGUCUUGCCGACAGAAAAACUAAAGAAAUUUAUCAUACGGAGAAAGUGGCAGAAAACAGGAAAUGCCAUUCGCGCAUUAGGAAGAAUGGCAAUUCUUUCGGCGCAUAGUAGACGUAGUCCCGCAAUAACGGCAGAGUCAUCUACAAUUGAACAACAAUUUGAUAGCACCGAAAUGCAAUACUCUGACGAAAUUAAAUCAAUCCAUACUGCUAUCAAUAGUAAAGAUACGGAACGUAUUGAAACAAGCAUGGGAGAAAACUCUGCCGAAGAGGAAUCAUUAACAAAAUUGCAUUUCACGUGUGUGACGGAAGUAAAUAUGGCAAUACAAAAAACAUCGAUGGAGGAAGAGAGUAGUUUGAGUGAUUUUUCAAAACAGAUGAAUACUGAAAAAGAGAUUCAAGAAUUAGAUACCGAAUUAAUACCAAAGGUAGAGGAUAUUUCACAAAAUAUCACGGAGCAUCUAGAAAUUUCGAUAGCAAGAGAAAAUAAGGAAAGUGAUAAAGAAUUAAUCGAUAAACUUUCUGAUAAUGAGAUAGAACAACAGAUGACUUUAAAAUCGCAGUCAUUGCGUAGAGUGUUUCGAGGCGAUUCACGCGAUUCUGGAAUAAGUGAUUGCAGUUCAAGCCUGGUAAGUUCUUCAUUACAAGUAGAUGAACUUGGAAUAGUGUCCACUAUCAAAGAAGAACUAGAUCUUGAGAUUUACAACCGAGAAAGUAAACGGACAUUGAAAGAAGAAGAAAAUCGAUCAAGUUCAACAGUAGGAAUCUUAGCAAGUUUAGUACAAGGCAAGAAAACCCUUCCUUGCGACAUGGAAAUUAUUACGGACAAUGACAAGGUAGCUACAAAGAGUGACAUGAUUAAAGCUUCGUGUGAAACUAAUCCUGUGCGGAAAGUUAUUGACAAGAAUACGGACGCAAGGAUAUUAAGCAGAUACAAUUGCAACAAAUUUUUUUCAACCGGAAAUGUAAAUCGUACGGCCAGAAUAUUCGAAAAAGAAAGUGAAAGAUCAAAUUCAAAUAAUUCACAAAUUUCGAUAGCGCAGCGCUCGUAUCCUGCUACUAUAAUUACAGAAAAGCCACACAAAGAAAGAAUACAAAAAGCUUUUGCAUUCUGGAACAACUAAAGUCAACUUUUAUAAUACAUAUUGGAUAUAAUAUAUAAAUUGUGAAUUAAGUAGAACGUCAUAUCACUUUUAAGUAAAAUAUAUGUAUAGGUCCAGAGGAGUUCGAAGCACGAAGGAGCUUCUAGUAAAAAAGAUGUCAAGUCUAAUGCGAAUGAAUUAAUUAUAAUGCGCUAAGUGCUAUUGUUUUUGUGAGAUAGCGUCUAGCUAUUGUAUCGGUCCGCCACAGAAAUAUAUUGUUUGCAAGAAAUUAUACAUAUGUAGAAAGAUUGUACUCUAGAUACAUAUAAAGGCGUGAUAUAUAAUUCAUUAAAUACAGUUCAAGUAAAAA